ACAGGCUUAUUCCCUUGUUCAGUAGCAAAGGUUUAAGUACAAGAGACAUGGUUGCUCUUUCAGGUUCCCAUACAAUAGGCCAAGCAAGAUGCGUGACCGUCCGCGAUAGAAUAUACGACAAUGGGACUAACAUUGAUACUGGCUUUGCUAGCACCCGGAGACGCCGGUGUCCUGUUGAUAAUGGGAAUGGUGAUGAUAAUCUUGCACCCCUGGAUGUGGUGACACCCAAUUCUUUUGAUAACAAUUACUUCAAGAAUCUCAUUCAAAGAAAAGGCCUCCUUCAAUCAGAUCAGGUACUUUUUAACGGAGGAUCUACGGAUAGUAUUGUGACCGAGUAUAGCAAAAGCCCUUCAACUUUCAGUUCUGAAUUUGCAUCUGCCAUGGUAAAAAUGGGAGAUAUCGAACCUCUCCUUGGCUCUGCUGGAGAGAUAAGAAAAAUCUGCAACGUUAUAAACUAA